CCCUUCAAGGUGGUGACCUAGGUAUAUAUUGGGAAAACCAAACUAUUUCAGUGUCACUUUUGCAACAGUGAAACAAAGAUCUACACAAUUCAAGAUGUUCAAAUUGGUUCUGGUCGUUUCUGCCACUUUGACAGUUAUCUGCGCAGCUCCAGCUCCAGUCCCCAAUCCAAAGCCUAGGCCCCAGUAUUACUAUUCCAAUCUAUAUUCUUCACCAUAUGUCGCACCUGGACUGGCAUAUACUUCAGGAUUAAUUGCACCACUAACUUAUAAUGCUCCAGUGGAAUAUUCCGGGUUACCCGCAUACGUGGCGCCAUCUGUAAAUGAUAACGCCUAUGCGUAUGCGGCUCUUCCAUAUUCCAACGAUGUUCUUCUAGUAUGAACAUCCUAUAUAUAAUACAUACAUUCUUCAUAAAAAUAUACUUGUGAGAUAAGUAA